CCGCCGCCAACCGCGAGACCGCGCUAACAUGCCGCCGACACCGAGAACGCCGCUGCCGCUGGUGCUGCUGCGGCUGCCGCUGGUGCUGCUGGCCCUGACGACCCUGACAGCGACGGCCUCGCCCGUGGCCGGGCCGCAGUCCUCGAUGCGCGUCAGCUUCGUGUCGCCCCCGCACUCCUACUCGCACGGCGUCGAUUCGCCCGUCAGCCGAUUCGGCCGUGCACGCUUGGGCCAGCCGGCUGGCGGAGCGCCGCAACGGAGGCCGCCGUCGCCCCCGGCCCGUGCCCCGGCCGACCGCGGCAUGACGCUGGCGCUGGUCGCCGCCCUGGCGCCGGAACCCACGCAGCACCCGGGCUACUUCCUCAGCCGGCCCAGGCAGCGCCUGCCGCGUACCUUCGGUUUCGUCGACGACGGGCGCGAGAUCUCCAACAGCCUGCGAGACCCCGAGGCGAUGUGGCCCAUGGGCGUGUUCCUGCCCCCCGACCACGACCUCGAGAUCGUCCACCUCAGCCUGGACCCCGCCACCGGGCAGCAACUGUUCUCAGAGCCAGACGCGACUCCCGACCCCUUCCUGAGGACGGGGCAGGACGCCGUGCAGGUGGUGAAGUACCUGCUCUCGCUGGGCGAGCUCUUCUUCGACAAGUACCCGCACGCCGAGGUGCUGCUGCGCCACCAGAGGGAGCGCCUCGAGAACGGCCUCGCCGGCAACAAGCUGGGCAGCAUCCGGCCCGACUCGCCCUUCUACCGCUGGCCAAUGACGGCGCAGCAUGCGCCCCGCUUCGCCUUCUGAGUGGCUGGGCUGCCGAGCGUCCGCCCGUGCAGAGACGAUAUCGCUCGACGACUUUCCUGAAUAAGUAUCAAGUGAAUGUUGUGUCCGCGUGUCGAGCCAUGUUUACUCGUGAGCCAGCCGAAUGAUUUAUCACUGGCGGCAAACUGUAUGGCAGUAUGAGUCCAGUAUGUAACCUAUACAAAUGGCAUGUUUGCAGUUUCUUUAAUCGUAUGUACCAAACAUUGUGACACGAUGUACUGGAGCUGGCCUCUGAAGUGAAUAGUUGUAAGUGAAUAUAUCAAUAAAUUAUAUUUGAAUAACAUGGGCAAAAAAUUGUACCUAAUUCUUAUAUUGUUUGACAAAUGAUAAUUUCGAAAUGUCACUAAAAUUCAGUGGAAUAACAUAGAUUACAAACAAAUGAGUGAUAUAAGACUAUGUGAUUCUAGUGAUUGUCAUAUUAACUGUGUAUUACUGGAAGAAGUGUCGCCCUUUUAAACGUUAUAUAAUUUUGCUGAGAAUACGACAUACAUUAAAAAUGACAUAAAAAUUGUGUAAAGUUAUAAUAUUUUGUCUCUGUCGAUGCAGUAUGAAGACUUCAUCAUUUUUGAACUUGAAUACUUUUAAAAAUUAUUAAUUCAAAAUUUAAAUGCUACAUAUGAAAAAUUAUUGUUGCUAUUAAUUGUACAUUAAGAAGUCAACAUGGUGCAUAAUUAAGAAU